CCUCCCACGCGGGCCCUUGGAGGGAGGAGAAGAUAAGAUAUAUAAACUACACGUAAAUGGAAAUUAGGAGUGCACAACUUUUUAGCAAUGGCCGAGUGCUUGCACUGUCCUUUUAGCCAAUUCACAUUCAACACAGUGAAGACAAAGUCUUUUAGAUUGAGAGAAGCAAGAAAGGUACCAGAAGGGGCGUUUUGUUGCUUGUUGACUGAGGAUAAGCGGCGGAGUGUUGUUAAGAAUGGCAAAGAUUCAUUAGACAUCUGCAGGGUUGUCAAUGGCAUGUGGCAAACUAGUGGUGGGUGGGGAAGAAUCCAGCAAGAUAGUGCGGUUGAUGCCAUGCUUCAAUAUGCCGAUGCUGGACUCAACACUUUUGACUUGGCUGAUAUAUAUGGACCUGCAGAAGAUCUUUAUGGCAUCUUCAUCAACAAAGUACGCCGAGAGCGACCCCCAGAAUAUUUGGAAACUGUCAGAGGUCUUACCAAAUGGGUGCCACCACCAGUGAAGAUGACCGGCAGCUUUGUCAAACAGAACAUUGAUGUUUCGAGGAAAAGGAUGGAUGUUGCAUCUCUGGACAUGCUUCAGUUUCAUUGGUGGGACUACUCUAAUCCCGGGUACCUAGAUGCAUUGAAGCAUCUAACUGAUCUUAAAGAAGCAGGUAAGAUCAAGACUGUUGCUUUGACUAACUUUGACACGGAGAGGUUGCAGAUAAUUUUGGAAAAUGACAUCCCAAUUGUUAGCAAUCAGGUUCAACAUUCUAUUGUUGACAUGCGUCCUCAACAGAAAAUGGCAGAGCUUUGUCAACUAUCUGGAGUUAAACUUAUAACGUAUGGGACUGUAAUGGGAGGGUUAUUAUCGGAGAAAUUCCUUGAUACCAACUUAAUGAUUCCAUUUGCUGGUCCUCAAUUGAACACUCCCUCGCUGCAGAAGUACAAAAGGAUGGUUGAUGCUUGGGGAGGAUGGAGCCUCUUCCAAGAGCUGCUUCAGACACUGAAAGCAGUAGCUAACAAACACGGGGUCUCCAUUUCAACGGUCGCUGUGAAAUACAUUCUAGAUCAGCCAGCCGUGGCAGGAUCAAUGGUAGGCGUUAGGCUUGGCCUGUCGGAACAUAUAAAGGAUUCAAACGAUGUUUUCUCUCUUGUCCUGGACGAAGAAGAUGUGGAUCGUAUCCAAGAUGUCACGAGGAAGGGCAGAGAUCUUCAGAAAGUAAUCGGGGACUGUGGAGACGAAUACAGACGUUAGUAGAGGUAUCAGAAAUUAUAUUUUGGCACAACAUAUUGUCUUCAUGAACAAAUGUUCUGUGGCAGAUACCUUCACAUAUUGAGUUACAAGCCAUUGUUGUUCUGUCAAGGAUUGUAGAUUUGUAACCUACAAAACUAUAGUAUAAAAUAGAUGUACUUUGCCACCUAUAUAUAUUUCAAGAGAGUUAGUAAAAUGGGAGCAACUCCAGCCAAAUUAGUCAUA